UUUUGUGUCUUAGGUCACUUUACUGCCGUAUAAAUAUUAAUAUUUUUAAUAAAUUUAUUAUUUUAUUAUAAAGCUUUCUAUCUAGCUACCUAUCUAUUAAAUAAAUAUAAUAUCCAAGUUCAAAAUCAUAUGUAUAGAAAAUUUUGUUCAGAGUCCCUCAUGCCAAGAUGGCCCCCUUUUUCAGUAAACACACAAUUUUGUCUGGUCCUAUUGAUUUUUAUUGUUUAGUUUGCGAAAAUCGUUUUUUAACGGUAGAAGAUACAAUUAAACAUAUUAUAACUGAUUCUCAUCAACAGCAAUUGGGGAAAAUAAUAUAUGAGUCUAAAGAUGAUGGCAUUAAAAAAAUCAAACUAUGGUAUUUCUGUGAAUUUUGUAGUAUAGUCUUGAAAACCAAAGCUAAAGUAAGAUUACACAUUGUGGAAACGCAACAUGUUGCAAACAAAAAGGUCCAGUUCAUCAAAAGAUAUGGUAAUGUCUUAAUUGCCUUUGAUGAUGUACACAUUGAUAAUGAAGCCUGGGAAGGUUUGUGUGAUAGCACAUGCAUUCUAUGUAACAAUGAGUAUGAAGAUGUUACAGAACACUUAAAAGAUCCCAUACAUCAUAUAAAUUUUAUGCAAAGUAAUAUUGAAUUUCAGAACAAAAAUAUUUUCCGUAUGGUAGAUGAGACAUCUUUUCAUUGUAUUACCUGCAAUUCUCAAGAAGCCUUACCAGUUAAUACACAUUUUGAUGCUUCACAUCAUACAGAUGUAUAUUUAAAAUGCCAAAUGUUAGCAGCUAAACUAAUCGAAGAUCAAAACAGUGCUGAAGAAAUAUCAGCUAAAAAAAAUGAAGUUCAACAGAAAAUUGGUAUUCCUGAACUUGCUAGUAAAGAAAAAUCAAAUCAAAAACCUUUGGAUAUUCAAACAGAUCUACCAAAAAUGCAAAAUAAAGUGGAAAUAAAUUUUCCAAUACCAUUGCCUCAGUCAAAAAAUACUAAUGAAAGUAUCAUGAUAGGAGAAAAAUCUGAUUGUGUUGAAGAAAUUGUAAACAAUGCAGUCGAAACAAGUGAUUACACAAUUGAAAAUACUGUAUAUAAUAUAAAAGAAGAUGAAGAAAUGAUUUGUAAUGUUCUUGAUGCUAAUAACUAUAUUACUGAAAAUGAAAAGGGAUCCAAAUGGUGUAUUUUAUGCGAUUGGGUUAUGGAUUCAUUGGAUAUUUAUGAACAUAUGACUAGUGUACACCAUACAAACAUUCUUAAGCUACAUAAAAUGCGGAUUGAAAAAUCAAACAACCAGGGAAAUAAAAACAAAGCUUCUGUUGAACAGCAUCAAUAUUUAAAACCAUCUAACAUAGAGACUGGAAUUGAAAAUAUUCAAGAAGAAUUUGAGAAAAUUGAAAAUGAAGUGCCACAACAGAACUCGACACUUAAUUCUGGCCUGGACUUACUCAAUAAGCCUGAAAAAAAUUCAACUGAAUCUCAACAUAAAGUGAAUAAUGCUGAUGAACCAGGUAUGUCAGCCAAUAAAUCAAGCAUUGUAGAUGCUUUAAAAAGAUUUCAGGACAAUCAUAUCAACAUUAACUUUAAUACUAUGACUGCGGUUUGUAGACAAUGUUCCACACUACUUGGUUUUGAUUAUUUAUCAAUUGAAGAUCAUAUAAGUCAACACGAAAAAAAGAUUAAUGAGUCAGGCCCAAAAGAAAAUUACGAAGAUGUUGACGAUGAAAUAUGCCAGUUACUAUUGACUGACAGUACAUCAUUUAUAAAUUCAUCUCACAAGUUUCAGAAAAAUUAUAUUAAUAUUAAUUUUGAGACAAAGCAGGUAACAUGCAAGAAAUGUUCUAUAAAUUUAGCUUUUGAUUACAAUACUGUAAAAAGUCACAUUUUUACACAACACAGGGACGACCUUAAAGAUAGACAAAAGACAAAAAAAGAAAGUGCGCUAUUCAAUUUAACUACUCAAAUAAAUGAAGAAGAUAACUAUGCAAACAAACACAACUUUAAACGUUUACCGGAUCAGAAUGUAGUUUCGUGUGAAAUAUGUAAAACAGAAGUAUCAUUUACCUUAAAAUAUAUGAUAGAUCAUAUACAUUCAAAUACACACAAAUCACAAGUUGAAGCAAACAAAACUAAAAUUGAAACCAUACCUUUAAAUUUAUUCAUCCAAACAUUAGUAACGGUAGAAAAUAGCAUUUUCAAAGAUCAUAUUAUAAACAAUGAAAUUUGCGUGAAUGUACUGAGUUUUAUCUUGCUUACUAGCAUUCCAGAAGUGAAUAUGUUUAAAUGUCUAUGUUGUGAUUUGUAUCUCCGUGAAGACGAGUGGUUGCCGCAUUCAAAAUCAAAAGAUCAUCUUGACGUGUUAACUAAUAUGAAACUUGUGAUCAAUAUCAAAGAUGAAUUUAUACGACAACUACCCUCUAAUCACUAUCACUGUGGGUUUUGCAAUAUAAUGGUUAACUGUUGGCAAGAUGUGACAACUCAUUUAAGUACAAUAUCCCAUAAACAGUGUAAACUUUCAGCAAAAGUCAGAUUACAAUCAUAUAGUUCAUCAAUUGCUGAUUUCGAGGGCAAAGUGAAUAAUGAAUCAAGAUUUUUUUUUGAAAUUAUGUUAAAAUAAUUUUUUUCGUGUAAUAAUAAAAAAAGGCAAAAACAAAAACACAUGCUACAGGAGGGACCGUGAAAAUGAUAUAUUUUUAAAGAAAAUAUCUUAAAUCACAAAUCUUCUAGACAUAUCAUUUAAGAUAAAACACUACGCUACUCGAUAUGUCUAUACCAAAGGGAAUGUAGUCAUAAAGGUUUAAUAGCAAUUUAUUCAAACAAGUUUAGUUAAAUACUUGAAGUGUGUUAGUCUACAGCCCUGUAGGGCUACUGUGUAAAACCGAUUUACAAAUAUUACCAAUCCUAACAAAGAAUGAUCCAAUAACUAUAACCACUAACGAUAGAAGUAAAUUUCAUGUACUUCUUUGAGAUAUCGUGGUACAAAAACUUGAUAUCGGCAUCGCUAUUAAGAGCGUAAGCGUAUUGGUUAGAUCGUAGACUAAAUAGUAAGUUUAACAGUGUAAAAAACAGAUGGUUAUUAUUUGUGAAAUCGGUUCAGAUUUAAAGUACAUUGAUAUAUCAUAUGAUCUUAUCAGUAUAAUCUUCCUAUCAGUAUUACCAACACUGGUACAUCUGUAGUGUAUUUUUGUUGGGUACGAUCUCUAGUGAAAAUCUGUUGUAAGAAAUGUUUUUCUGACUUUUGUAAAUAGCUUUAAAUUAUACUGCAAUUGAUAAAACCUCGUUUGGUCAACGUGGAAAUGUUGCUAGUUAUGAAAAAGAUAAAGCUAAAGAUCGCCAAAAAAAACCGCCAUUCAUUCGCCACGUUAUGGCUUUUUGUAAGAUAUUUUAACUUGUCACAAAUAAAGACUUAUUAAAUUA